GUUAAAUCACAGUUAAUAUGUUUGUUCUGGCCUUACGGAAAUUUAAGUGGGUGGUAUUCUGUUGGACUAAAAUAUAACUUAAUAUUGGAGGACAGAGAUUAUCUUAUGAUAAUCCUAAGUGCAUAGUGGAUCCUAGCCUACCGCCAGAGGCUAAUGACAACUACAUGGACUGUUCUGCCCCUGCCAUGGUGGAGAUGGGCAAAACAGAGUGCUGCACAAUCGAAAAUGAGACUGGGUGCUGCAUGCCAAACCAGAAUUCAACAAAGAUGCAGGAAAUAGGGAUCUACCUAGGGGCUGUAACUGCGGCGUUGGCUGCAAUGUGUAUCUACUGCUUCUGGUGCCGUAAAAACCAGUCCGUUGUUAAGGUGCAGCAGUUUGUGGCCAGCAAGUUUCACCGACUUCAGGAGACAUGCAAGUGUAUCUCAUGCUGCCGUCGCCAGGUGGAGUCACGCCGCAGACUUGAGGCGCUGAAGGAGGCUGCGCGGGAGGUGCCAGCGCUGCAACUGCCUUCAGAGGCUUCAGCCCAGGAUCCUACUUUUGACACAUUUUGGAACGGCCAGAUGGUGAAGUCAACAUGAGACCAGGGUCCAAGACUCUGAUACAUUACGAAAUGAAUCUGCUGAGAGGAUUGCUGAUAAUUUAGACUUUCUUUGGGGAUUUCCCUUCUUCCCUUAUAAACGCACUUUGAUGCGUUUGUAGUCCCUUAGAAAAUCUACUAAAAUUAAAGAUCUUCUUUAAUAGAAUCAAGUUAGAAGGCUUUAUUUCCAACCUUAAGAUACUGAUGAGCAGCAAACAGCAUAAAACCUGAACAUACUGCGAGUUACUCGCAGGCUGUUCUGGUUUUAUGCAGUUUGCACAAAGCCAUUUUCACUUUGCCUCUGAGUCGAAAAGGAGGGUUUAUUAUUGAUGUCAUUCAGCUGAUGAGCAUAAGACAGUUACAAAAACUCAAGGUCAAGGUCAUACUUAACAAAUUGUAUACAUAAAAAUGCAAUAAACCACAUUAAAAACAUUUUACGCGGUGGAUAAUAUAAGCCCUUGUUCUCAAUUAAAUCCUUUAAUAGCCUUAAUUUUCAAUCCUUAUUUUCAAAAUCAGUAUAUACUCUGGUUAUAUUUAGUUUUAAAGAUAGUUCUUAUUUUUUUGCUCUUUAGUGUCAUCUUCUCAAAGAUAAUGCAGUUAAAUGUUUUUCAUUUAGAAUUACAUAUCAUCAAUACAAUUGUGUUUGUAAUGAUUCAAUGAAAUUCCCAAGCUUUUUUUACAUUAAAGUAGCGCACCCUUAAUGAUU